AUGCUCGUCCCUCUUCCUAUCCUGCUGGCUUUCAGCAGCCUUGCCGCCUCAGCAGCCAUUCCACCUUCAUCGAUUUCUCAAACCCGAGACUCUACAACACCAGAAUCUAACUGGGAAUCCACAGACCUAGCUCGGCCGCUAUCCGCCCAAGCAGCCAACCAGAACUCUGAAUCCAAGAAUAACUAUUUCGCCGAGCGAUCCGCCUAUUAUUUCCCUGAAACUGUGCCAGACAAGGUAGAGCUCGCCAGCCACUUAAUCGACUCUCAUGAAGCAAGCGACGUGACAAAUACGCCGACGGCAUCCGAAUUUGAAAUCACCACGAAUCAACCUGAGAAGAUUUCGCCUGCCCAACUGAGCCAGACACAAGCCCAAAAGUCAAUCAGCACGCCGGAUACAGAGAUCGACAUUCCUCGUGCACGGAUGCUUAUUCUUCCUGAUCGGGCUUCGAAUUCGGGUUCGGAUAUCGGACAGGCGCAGUCAAUGGAAGCAUCGUACUCGUACCCGGUAAAUUUCCAAACACAAGCACAACCCGACACAGAAACCGAGACAAUCCGCGUCGACUGGGUCAUUUUUGAAUCAUCCCCAAUCAUCAUCUCGACCCCUCCCAUCGUGCCGUCCCUCGCCUUUCUUUUCAUUAUCGCCACUAUCAUUUGCAUUUUCACCGUGGUCCGUGGGAUUCGCCAUGGACAUUGA